CACUGGUAUUGCAAAAGAGCGCUACUACAUUUUUUUUUUAUUGUUUUUGCACUGUCUGUUGGUUGGUCUGUUGGUUUGGUCAAACUUUAACAUUUGCCAUAACUUUUGCAAUAUUGAAGAUAGCAACUUCAUAUUUGACAUGCAUGUGUAUCACAUGGAGCUGCACAUUUUGAGUGGUGAAAGGUCAAUGUCAUCCUUCAAGGUCAAAGGUCAAAUAUUUGGGUCAAAAUUGCUCAUUUAAUGUACACUUUUGCAAUAUUGAAGCAAGCAACUUCAUAUUUGGCAUGCAUGUGUAUCUCAUGGAGCUGCACAUUUUGAGUGGUGAAAGGUCAAGGUCAUCCUUCAAGGUCAACGGUCAUAUAUAUGGGGACAUAGUGUUUCACAAACACAUCGCUCGUUUCUUAUUAUUUUUUUCUCUAUACAUAAAAAUGAUAUCAUGCUUGUUUUAUUCUGUUCUUCACUCCAUUUUCACUCUCUUUGUCCCGAUUUUUUUCUGCGGGUUUUAUAGUGCGGGCCCUCUGCUCCAUGGUCCAGUCUUUUCGCCGCACCUUCUGCUUUCAGAGCCAAUAUGAGCUUCUUGAAGAAAGGCCCACCAAUGAGCUUGCGGGCCCUCUGCUCCAUGGUCCAGUCUUUUCGCCGCACCUUCUGCUUUCAGAGCCAAUAUGAGCUUCUUGAAGAAAGGCCCACCAAUGAGCUUGCGGGCCCUCUGCUCCAUGGUCCAGUCUUUUCGCCGCACCUUCUGCUUUCAGAGCCAAUAUGAGCUUCUUGAAGAAAGGCCCACCAAUGAGCUGUUUCCCCACGCAAUGGUCCAGACAUGGCACCAGAAAAAGCGGGAGCUGCUCUGUGAGCUCUCCGAGCACCAGGACGCUGUCAGGAAACUCAUGGAGGCCCGGAAGGAGUGCUGGAUGUCUGAAAGCAAGGUCAAGAAAUACAAAUUGAUCACCUCUGUGCAUACAUAUGCACACCGUCAUAACCCAGAAGACCUCAAGGGGCGAACAAAGGCUCUCCGUGACAUGCAGAAAGUCCUGGUCAACAAGGAGGAGGUUCACAUAAAAGCCUGUGAAAGUUUCAAGGAAAUGCUUCUUGUGGAAAUCAACCUGCGGGAAACAAUUCACAAGAUAUGUCAUGUCAUAUGCCAGUUGACGUCACCCACGCUACUGAGAGCGUCUCAUCCACGUCGGUCAGUGGUCACGUGACGUACAGAUGUGACCUCGGCUACACUCACGCGUUUGGUGAUCUCAUGCAUUCUUGCUUUCCUACUAGGCGGUAGACGUGUCUAAUACCAAGCUGCCAAAGAAGAAUCUAUACUUUUAUACAAGCGCGUUUAUCCGCCAAUAAGGUCAUUUAGUUAAAUCCAUACACAUUUCGGUUAAUGUUACGCAUUUCGAUAAAAUGGGUAAAUUUAGAUAGGUGAUUAUACUAAUUUAAAUAUAUCAAUUUCAACAUAAUUAUGCAUGUAAUGUAUAUUUAAUAUGUUUCGUUAAUGUGAAUAAACGCAAUAACAAAA